UGCGUCUCGUUCAACGAUGAAAGCUUCGCCUUCAAGCUGUCUUCGGUGAACGCCAUGUCGCCGUAUCACACGUUGAAGCUGUCAAAAGUUGAAAGCGCGACCAAACGUGGACGAGUCUCACGCGAGCCUUUCCCUCUGCGAAACGACUAUGUAACCCGAAGCGCGUACUAUGUAGACCAAAGCUUGAAAGCUUGCAGAGUGCGCCAGCGACCGUGUUGAGUGCACACCGAGUUGCUGCCGCAAGUGUAGUGUGUGAGGCAGGUUGCGCCGCGCGUGUCAGGUGAAGUGAGCGGAGCUUGGCAUCGGCCAAACGCCGUUGCCGUUUACGUCCAAGGAGCAACCACCAGUGGUACAAUCGCUACUCUCUCUGCAACAAACAAUCUCACUCCAUAACACCCCUAGCGUAAUCCCUCUCGUAGAGAUCGUCCAGUUCGAACACAUAUCAUCACACACCAUGGCGGACCGAUUCCCGAGCUUAGACGAGUUCGAUGCGGGUGCCACCGAGGCGCGCGGUGACGGCAACAUCAACCUCGUUGGCGAAGAUGGUGGCGAGCUCGACUUCGAAGCCAGGGAGCGCGCACUCCUCGGUGAUGCUGCGGACGAGUUUGCGACCGGAAAUGACAAGCUGGCCACAGUUGAAGACGGGGAUGACGAUCUGCUCGGUGGAGACUCAUCCUAUCAAGCAAACACUGGCAACGAGGAGAUGAUGGGCUUUGAGAGCUCUUUCCCAGCCAUUGACACAACCAACGAGCACAUGGCGCCCGGCGGCACCAUCACAGGUUCAACUCUCCCCUACCUCCCCGGCCAGCCGCAACCGACCUUCACUCCCGUGCGGUCAGAUUCACCCGAGCCCGAUGUCAUCCGCGAAUGGCGCGAGCGCCGCGAUCUGCAGGUCCAGCACCGCGACGAAGUCUCGGCCGAACGCAAGAACAAGACCAUCGACGAGGCACGGCAGAACAUCGACGACUUCUACGAGAACUAUAACAACAAGAAGGACAAGGAGGUGGCCAAGACACGGAAUGAGGCUGAGGAGUUCCUUGCGAACCGCGACGACACAACAGCCGGUGGCACCAGCUGGGAGCGCAUCGCGAAGCUGGUGGAUCUGAGCGGUAAGGGUGUGAAGGGCGGCGCAUCGGGCAGCGAGAAGCAGCGGUUCCGGGAGAUUCUGUUAAGCCUGAGGAAAGAUGAGAAUGCUCCCGGCGCUACGGGAUACUAGGUGUAGAUUGGAGCGGGGACAAAAGGCGCGUUCAAGAUUGGUGGAUGCGGAUUUGGACUUUUAGAGGGCUGUGUGGGUAGCCGACAGCAUAGCACUCUGCGUGGCGGCAUUGCAUUCCCAGUGCAUGGGGGACUCGCGGAUUGGAGGCGU